GCAGAAAAGCCCCACACACUGUAGGCGUGAAGUAACACUUUUGACUGAAUGACAGAGCUAGGAAAUUCACCCUCUGCCCAGCCUGGUUUUCCUCCCUCUGGCGCCCCUUCCCGGAGAGGCUGGGUCUUCUGUUCUGAGUGGCUGCGGCCAGGUAAUCACACGGACUUUGGUACCCCUCUGCAGCGAGCUGUACAGUAGACACACGGUGGGGACAGGGACAGGGCAUUGCAGCAACUCGAUCGCUCCGUGCCCGCCGAGCACAGGGGAAACCGUGUGAAUUCGGCCGGGGCCACGGCCCUUCUCCGCCCCAGCCCGCCUGGCUUGCUCUCCACGGGGAGCCUCAGGGAGAUGCUGAGAGGGGCCUGAGACACUGAGCGGGGGGUGCUCGAUGGAAAACUACAGACUGAGACUCGCGCUUCACACCCCAGCCCUGCGGGGAAGUUCUAGGACACACAGGGGAGGAACAGGCAAAGGGAAAUUUCCCUUUCUCCUCACAGCUUCUCCUCCCCCCACCACCUGGGCCCGAAGAAGCGUCCUUAUUAUCCGGAAGGGGGCACUGUCUGUCCUGAGUGAAUGGCCCGGACGGUCCUGUAUGAGCACCGCGAGGACAUCUCAGAAACAGCGAUGAGGACCCCAUUCUGGAGAAGCUCACCGGGCACGUCGUGGGGACACAGAUAUUUAUUCAACAAGUACCAGUUCACCACUGAUGGCCGUCAGGCAAUCAGACAAGUCCCAGCUGUGUGCUGAGUGCCCGGAGGUCCCCAGAGCAUCGUCACUGCUGCCUGGGACACUCCAGCAUCCCAGCCCCUGCUUCCAGACGACCCUUCAGCAAACAUCACCAAGUGCCCUGAAGCACCGACAACACGCUAGGCAGUCUCCCAGACUGCCUUUCGCCCUCCCAGCAACUCUGUGAAGUAGGUGUUGUCACGCACCCUUGACGGGUCGGUAGACAGAGGCUCAGAUGCUUGUCUGGCCGACAGACAAAGGAGGCGUCAAACCCAGGCCUGUCUACCUGCAAACCUGGGUCCUUUCUAGGUUCUUGAGGUGUUCUGGCACCUUCUCUAGGAAAAUCCCAAGGAAGAGGGUUGUGGCUGUGAAGGUCCAGAGCCUUGCUCUGAAACCACAGAGGGCAGGUACUUGGUGGAAAAGUCCAGCAGUGAGUCACCUCCUCCCACCCCCUCGUCAGCGAGGCCAGUUCCCCUCCCGAGAUCUCAGCUUCCAGCCUGGCUGUUGGUGGUGCCCAUCCUACCGCCCCGGUGAGAGAGGGCUGUGCCCACCGGAGGAGAAGGAGCCAGCGCCAGAGGGGGCACGGGAGACUUAAAGCCCAGAGAGGAGGUGUGAUUUGCCUAAGGUCACACAGCAACGUGGCCGCUCGGCUCCCCAGUUACUGUACUGGCCGCGCCUCUCCUGCCGUCCUGCCCACUCCCCUCUGUGGCCUCCCAGCCCGUCCAUGGCUGCAGACGACAGAAAAGUGGCAGUUCCCAAGGAUGGGCCUUCUGUGGUCUCCUGGGUCCCUGAGGAGGGAGAGAAGUUGGACCAGGAAGGCAAGGACCAGGUGAAGGAUCGGGGCCAGUGGAGCAACAAGAUGGAGUUCGUGCUGUCCGUGGCCGGGGAGAUCAUCGGGCUGGGCAACGUCUGGAGGUUUCCCUACCUCUGCUACAAAAACGGGGGAGGAGCCUUCUUCUUCCCCUACUUCAUCUUCUUCUUCACCUGCGGCAUCCCAGUGUUCUUUCUGGAAGUGGCGUUGGGCCAGUACACCAGCCAGGGCAGCGUCACAGCCUGGAGGAAGAUCUGCCCCCUCCUCCAGGGCAUUGGCCUGGCGUCUGUGGUCAUCGAGGCCUAUCUGAACGUCUACUACAUCAUCAUCCUCUCCUGGGCCCUCUUCUACCUGUUCAGCUCCUUUACCUCCGAGCUGCCCUGGACUGCCUGCACCCACUCCUGGAACACAGAGCACUGCAUGGACUUCCUGAACCGCUCAGCAGCUGGCGCGGCGACCCCGCCCGUGAACUUCACCUCCCCCGUCAUGGAAUUCUGGGAGAGACGUGUUCUGGGCAUCAGCUCCGGCAUCCAUGACCUGGGGGCCCUGCGCUGGGAGCUGGCCCUCUGCCUCCUGCUUGCCUGGGUCGUCUGCUACUUCUGCAUCUGGAAGGGGGUCAAGUCCACGGGCAAGGUCGUCUACUUCACAGCCACGUUCCCCUACCUGAUGCUGGUCAUCCUACUGAUCCGGGGCAUCACCCUGCCCGGAGCCUACGAGGGCAUCAUCUACUAUCUAAAACCAGAUUUGCUUCGGCUCAAGGACCCCCAGGUGUGGAUGGACGCAGGCACCCAGAUCUUCUUCUCCUUCGCCAUCUGCCAGGGGUGCCUGACGGCCCUGGGCAGCUACAACAAGUACCACAACAACUGCUACAGGGACAGCAUCGCCCUCUGCUUCCUGAACAGCGCCACCAGCUUCGUGGCCGGGUUUGUGGUCUUCUCCAUCCUGGGCUUCAUGUCCCAGGAGCAGGGGGUGCCCAUCUCUGAGGUGGCCGAGUCAGGCCCCGGUCUGGCCUUCAUUGCCUUCCCCAAGGCUGUGAGCAUGAUGCCCCUGUCCCAGCUGUGGUCCUGCCUCUUCUUCAUCAUGCUCAUCUUCCUCGGGCUGGACAGCCAGUUUGUCUGUGUGGAGUGCCUGGUGACAGCCUCCGUGGACAUGUUCCCCAGGCAGCUCCGGAAGAGCGGGCGGCGGGAGCUCCUGAUCCUUGCCAUCGUGGUCCUGUGCUACCUGAUCGGGCUCUUCCUGGUCACCGAGGGCGGGAUGUACAUCUUCCAGCUGUUUGAUUAUUACGCCUGCAGUGGCACGUGCCUGCUGUUCCUUUCCGUGUUUGAAGUGAUCUGCAUCGGCUGGGUGUACGGGGCCGACCGUUUCUAUGACAACGUGGAGGACAUGAUUGGCUACCGGCCGUGGCCCCUAGUGAAGAUCUCCUGGCUCUUCCUGACCCCGGGCCUUUGCCUGGCCACUUUCCUCUUCUCCUUGAGCAAGUACACACCUCUCAGAUACAACAACGUCUACGUGUACCCGGCCUGGGGAUACUUCAUCGGCUGGCUCCUGGCUGGCUCCUCCAUGAGCUGCGUCCCACUCUUCGUCGUCGUCGCCCUCCUGAAGACCCAGGGUUCCUUCAGGAAGCGCCUGCGGCAGCUCGUCACCCCUGACCCCAGCCUGCCACAGCCCAAGCGACACCUGUGUCUGGACGGUGGCAGCAGCCGGGACUGCGGGCCCUCCCCAACGAAGGCGGGUCUCAUGGCCGGGGAGAAGGAGACGCACUUGUAGGAUGUGGCUGGAAACCAGGUGGCUACUGAGCCAGGAAGCUGGGUCAGGGCCCCCGUGCCCCCGGCGGACAGCCUUCACCUCUGCCCCCUCCUGCAGCCCUGCCGAGAAGCUCUGUGAUGUCUGUGGGCAUCCCCUCCCGGUGGGCUAGAGAGGGUGCCGCCAGAGCCUGCCUUGCCUGUUGGAACACCCCGUCUUAUCUGUGAAGGAGGUGGUCUUUCCGGAGCCCACCGUCUGGUUAGAACAACUGCAGUGUGCAACAGCGGAUCACCCACUGUAGGGAGGCUUCCUCUUAGCACGUAGGAUCUCUGUGCCUGGGGAGGGUAGCGCCCCUAGAGAUACACGCCAUGUUGCAUGUGACAACUGAACACCCCACGCUGGGUCCUGACGCUCCACUGGAGGGCUUCCUCACCUGGCUUAGUGUCCUGGAGCCCGCGGGAAGGAACCAGAGAAACGGCCACCGUUGUCUUGCAUUUUCCCGGAGGCGGUGUCGCAAGGUGUCCCCAGCUCCAGCCCCAGUUCCACGCCCGCCUUGCAGUGGUGUCCUUGACGCACAGAGCAUUGGGGAGGUAGGGGCUCAGGAGGGCCCCCACACUUGGCAAAUAGGCACGACCACGGGCCUGCACCCAGGACAGACAUGGCUGGUCGGCUGCAUGUUCUGUCCCAGCUGAUGCCCUCCAGAGACAGUGCCCCCGGCAGCUCCCGACCCCGACUUCAUGGAUGAGGAAACUGAGGAACCCAAGGGACGAAAUGACUUUUCAAGUUCAUGAAGCUCCUCGGGGCCAGAGACACGACUAAAGCCGGGUGUCCUGCUCUCGGGCCGGUGUCCCUCCCACUGCCCCCUCCUGCCUUGUUAACAAGCACCCGUGGGUCA